GGCCUGUUGACUUUGAAAAAUUGGUUUUAGCUUGAAUUAUUUUAUAAAGGAUGAAUCAGAAAGCAGUUGCUGAGGUGUGGAACAGUUGAUUUAAUUGCUGAAGACUAAUCAUAUUCCUCAACAAUUUCACCGUCUCAGGUGUGAAGAAGAUUAUUCCUAUUGCAUAACAAGUUCAUCAUCUCAGGGUGUACGAAUAUCGUUUCUCAUUUUGAAGUGUCUGCUUCUGCAUUUGUUUUUGGGAGAAAUAUAUACUCAAAGCAUCUAUAUCACAGGAGUUACACACUGGAUCAUAAUGGUUAAAAUUUGUAUUUUGUAAUUUGGUUAUCAAUAUUAAUUUAACAAUUCCCAUGCCACAGAAAUUAACCAAAUGGAAGGAAAAUCAAGUGAUUCACUUGGUAAACAUCAAUGUUUGGAGACAAGAUUGAUCGAGAUGCUUCAAAAUGUGGAACCUCCAGAAAUGUAUGAUCCCACAAUGCAAUGCAUUUACAGAGUACCAAAAGGAAUUCGUGAAAAUAAUCCCAAAGCCUACACACCUCUAGCUGUUUCCAUUGGCCCUUUUCAUAAAACACGUGACAUUGGUGAGGAAGACGACAUUUUUGAGUCAACGGAAGAGCUUAAAAUUAGAUAUUUCAAAGGAUUUCUAAAUCGAACCCAACUAUCAGUGAGAGAUUUUGUCAUCACACUCAAAACGUUAGAAGAAAAGAUUCGAAGUUGUUAUGCAGCACCUAUUAAGUACAAUAGUGAUGAUUUCUUACAGAUGAUUUUAGUUGAUGCUUUCUUCAUAAUUGAACAUUUCCUAAGAUGUCAUAGACACAGUGAUUGGGAGAGAAAAGACCCUUUGUUGCUACAACCAGGGAUGCUAGAUGAGAUUGUGCAUGACUUGAUACUACUGGAAAAUCAACUUCCAUUCUUUGUUCUUGAACAACUUUACAACCUCACUGGUAUGGAUAAACAAUUCCCCUCCUUUCUUGAGAUUUGUUUCAACUAUUUUAGGAUCUUUACAUUUGCUACCGUUUGUCCAAUAACGCGUCCAAAGCACUUCACUGAUCUUUUAAGAUCUUCUUUACUAUCAUCAUCAAAACUUGAUGUUAGAACACCAAAUGAAUUUAAAGAAGUUAGACAUGUAUACAGUGCAAGCCAACUAUCAGAGGCAGGUAUCAAGUUCAAAGUGGAUCCAAAUAAAGGCUUACUUGACUUGUCCUAUGCGGAUGAUGGUAUGUUUACAAUGCCAAUCUUGAAUAUAGGUGAUGACACUGAAAUGAUGUUCAGAAAUAUAAUGGCAUUUCAGCACUGUCACCUUCAAGGCACAGACAUUAUUACUCAAUAUCUAAAGAUUGUGGAUUUUCUCAUCGACACUGAAAGAGAUGUAAAUGUAUUGGUUAAUAAAAAAAUUAUUGUCAAUUUGAUGGGUGAUGCUACGGCAGUGGCUACAAUGAUUAACAGUCUGGGCUCAAAUCUUACUAUGCCAGAUUUCAAUUCACACUAUUUCUCCAUCUGCAAUAGCCUAAAUGAAUUCUAUGAAAAUCCUCGCAACAAGUACAAGGCUAUUUUCAUACACGAGUAUUUUAACACCCCUUGGAAAAUAGCAUCUACUAUUGCUGCAACUGUGCUACUUUUCCUCACGUUCGUUCAGACUGUAUGUUCAAUCGUCUCACUAUUUCAUGAUUGAUAAGGAGUUGGGUCGCUAAAUGUGGAACAUGAAGGUCAAUUGGGAAAGAAGACAUUUUGAUAAUUAUAUCUCGGAGUCUACAAGAAAAUUUUUGUAAGGUGUAUUCCUUUAUCAAAUAGUAAUGAUUCCAAGAACUUUUUUGUUCUUUACAUUUUAUUUUAACAUCUACUUUUUUUAAUUAAAUUUUAAUUUUAUUUUCAUUAAUU